AUGGAAGCUGAAAACCACACUUUAUUUACCGACUUUAUAUUCUUAGGGUUUUCUGACAGAAAGAAUGUGCAGCAGGGGCUCUUUGUGCUCUUUCUCCUGGUUUAUGGCAUAACUGUGAUUGCAAAUCUAGGGAUGAUCCUACUGAUCAAGAUAAACCCCAGACUUCAUAUACCCAUGUAUUAUUUCCUAAGCAAUCUGUCGUACUGUGAUGUCUGCUACUCCUCCACUGUCUCUCCCAAGAUGCUGGCUGAUUUCUUAUCUGAACAAAAGAGGAUUCCAUAUAACUUAUGUGCCAUUCAGAUGUAUUUUUUUGGAGCUUUUGCCGAUGUGGAAUGCCUCAUAUUAGCUGCAAUGGCCUAUGACCGUUAUGUAGCCAUUUGCAAUCCACUUCUGUAUACAAUUGUCAUGUCUAGGCAGGUCUGUGCCCAGCUAGUGGCUGGUGCUUACAUUGUGGGGUUGGUGGAUUCAGCAAUCCACACUUGCUGCACAUUUCAACUGUCCUUCUGCAAGUCCAAUGUUAUCAAUCACUUCUUCUGUGACAUUCCACCCUUGCUAUCCCUCUCCUGCUCAGAUACAUCCAUCAAUGAGAUAGUGAUGUUCACUUUUAUCGGCUGUGUUAUAGGGUGCAGCAUCGUAACCAUUCUUCUCUCCUAUAGCUAUAUCAUAACUACCAUCCUAAGAAUGAACUCAGCUGAGGGGAGACACAAAGCCUUUUCCACUUGUGCCUCCCACUUAACUGCUGUGGCUAUAUUCCAUGGUACACUCCUGUUCAUGUAUUUCCGACCAAGCUCGAGUUACUCAAUGGACACUGACAAAAUGGCGUCUGUGUUCUACACAGUUGUGAUCCCUGUGUUAAACCCACUGAUCUACAGUCUGAGGAAUAAGGAUGUGAAAGGUGCUCUGAAAAAAACCAUCAGCACUAAAUUAUGUUCUAGGUGA